CCACCACAAUCAAUCGGUAUUUGGCUGUGUUUUGUUUUUUAAUGUUCAUUGAGAAAAUAAUUUGCCAUCAUCAAAUGCAAAUGGAACGGUGACAUAAAUGAGUUGCACAAACCAAAACGUGGCUGUAUAGACGAACGCGUGCCGAGUGUAGCUGAACACAGUAGAAUAGUGUGUAGAAAUUACAGCAAAUUACAACCGCAACAAAGACCCUCGGCCAGGAAAGCAUGAGCUGAAACUGGACAAGCACAUGAACGCACACACACACACAUACAGAAAGACAGCGAGACACACAAAAAGAUAAUUUCAAGGCAACGCUGUGCAACGCAGGGGCAAGAAACUUUAAAUAAGGUGACAAUUUCGACGGUGACAAAGACAAUAACGACGUGUGCAGGAAAACUAAUUGCUCUGCCCUCCCAACGUCCGCGUGCUGAUUGGCACUUUACUUGCUGGAUCCAGCGGAGUCACGUGUAUGUAUGUGUAUGCGUGUGCCUGUAUGCACAUGCAUGUUUGUAUGUGUUGUAUGCUAACUCGAAAUUGCAAGCAAGCAAUGCUACAACAACAACAACAACAAAAUUAACAGUUACAAUAACGGAAGCAUUGUCAAGCCUUGCCAGACCCAGCCGCGCAGCAGCAGCAUCAGCAUCACGGCGUCUCAGCAGCAGCAGGCGCACACACACCAACACAACAACAACAACUACAACAACUACAGUAACAACAACAACAAUAUGAGCACAGUGUUUAUAAACUCACGCAAGAGCCCAAAUGUGCUUAAGAAACAGGGCACAGACCAAUGGGUCAAGCUGAAUGUGGGUGGGACCUAUUUUCUAACCACCAAAACGACGCUUUCCCGUGACCCCAAUUCGUUUUUGUCGCGUCUUAUACAAGAGGACUGUGAUUUGAUAUCAGAUCGGGAUGAGACGGGCGCAUACUUAAUUGACAGAGAUCCCAAGUACUUUGCGCCCGUGCUCAAUUAUCUGCGCCACGGCAAGCUUGUGCUGGACGGCGUCUCCGAGGAGGGUGUGCUCGAGGAGGCCGAAUUCUACAAUGUGACGCAGCUAAUAGCGCAGCUGAAGGAGUGCAUAAGCCACAGAGACCAGCGACCGCAUGCGGACAAAAAGCGCGUCUAUCGUGUGCUGCAGUGCCGCGAACAGGAACUGACGCAGAUGAUUUCAACGCUGUCGGAUGGCUGGCGUUUCGAGCAGCUUAUCAGCGUCGGCAUGCAAUACUCUAACUAUGGCCCGUUCGAGAACAACGAGUUCCUCUGCGUCGUGUCCAAGGAGUGCGGCUCCACAGCCGGCCGUGAGCUGGAACUCAAUGAUCGCGCCAAGGUGCUGCAGCAGAAGGGAUCGCGAAUUCUUGGAAUUUAAGCAAUGCUUAUAGAGCGUGUGUAUGCCAUCCAAAAACAAAAACAAAAAGUAACUCCCAUCAUCCAACACCAAGCUUAAAUAAUACACCACAACCAAGCACAACAUCAUGAACAACAAAAACAACAAGCAAACGAAAACAAACAAAAAUAAAAUUAAACAAAAAAAUAUAACCAAAAUCAUAAAACAAAAACCAACAAAACAGCAAAAACAGCUAAAUCUGAGCAGGGAUCCAUUUUUUGGCAGAGCUGCAUUCAAUUGGAAAAUAUGCCAGGAGUCAUUCUGUUAUAAAUUUAAAUCAAUCAAUCAAUCACUCAAUCACCAUUCAUUAAGCCGUAUGUAUGUUUUAAUAUUUACUUUGAAGGAAAUGAAACUAGAAAUAGGAAACAUUUAUUUUGUAAAACAGAGCAAAAACAGGAGCAGCGGUAGAUUUAAUUUUUCUUUAACACAUUUUCCAUUCAUUGACUAUUUAUUAUUAAUAUUUUUUUUACUACAUUCGAUAAAUUCUGAAAUAUGACAAGUUUAACUCGUCCGUCUGAUUCACAGAUCCAGCAGUCAAUCAGUUCUGAAUUGAAACACGUCAAUCAAUCAGUCUGCAAUCAAUAAUUCCCUGAGUGUAAGUUAUUCAUAAUUGGCAUGAAACAUGCUUAGCAUCAAUCAACCUAACUCUUAUGUAGAUUCAGUCAGUUAAUCAGUUACGAAGUUGAGCACUUAAAUCAAUCAAUCGGCAAUAAUUAGCCCUUAUGUGUGUUAUUUAUUUUCACUUUGAAGGAAACAUUUUGGUAACAUUCUCUCUUCUGAGAAUUAAGAAAAUAUGAUGUAGCCUUUAUUGAUUGAUUGCUUUUUGUAAAUUUUUGUAAAUUUCGAUUGAUUAACUUUUUAAACAUGACAUUACAUCAUUCGUUUCCAUCUGCUACUGAGAUACAGGUAGAUCCCGUAAGUCAAUCAAUCAGUCAUGAAGUUGAGCACCUAAAUCAAUCAAUCGGUUAUCAUUAACCCUUAUGUAUGCUAUUUAUAUUCACUUUGCAAGAAACUUGGAAAUAUUUUUCUUAUAAUUAAGAAGGGGGAUUAAAAAAACAGAUAAGAGUAAUGGCAUUUUUUUGAUCAGUUAGCUCCCAAGCUUAAAGAGUUUUUUUCUUUGCUUAGUUUUAUUGAUUUUUUUUUCGAACGCUGAAUAUGACAAUGUUAAACAUUUCUGUGUGUGUGCCUGCGUGUGCGUGUAUGUGUGAGUGCGGGGUAUUGUGUGUGAAUGUGCUUUGAUUUUCUCGCCAGGUUUAGUGAGUGAUUGGAAAAUCUUGGAAAACUCGCCUCGGGGAGACAGAGCGCUCUUCAAACGACGCAUACCGAACACUAGAUACCUUUUUUUUUCCUUGAGAGUAGUCGACUAAUUUGGCUUCCCUUCUGCCUUCCGCAUUUGAAGAGUGCAUUAAUACGCUUAAUAGUUGAAUCGAAAUUGAAAACAAAAACAAAUACAAAAAAAAGCUAAAGAAAAAGCACAAGCAAGCACAAAGAAAACACCGCCAACAUUGCUUAGCUUAAAUAUUAAAUAAGUAAACUAUAAAACCAUAAAUAUAUAAUUAAUAUGAUAUGCUGAGAAAGAAACAGAACAGAAAUAGAAACAGAGAUGCAAAAACCAGGAUUUAGCUAAACACUAACUAACUACGUAGUUGCUUAAUAGCAGAGCGAAGACAUGCAUUAACACCAAUUCGAAUGCAAUGAUAUAUGAAAUAGAAGAGUACAGAAUACAAAAAAAAAAAAAAAAAUUAACAAUAUUAACAAUUUAAGGAUAAAACGUGACGAAACGUUUCCAAUUUGUACUUUUAGCUAUUUAGCUGUUUUUAUUGGGCUUACAAUAUAUAUAUAUAUAUAUGUAUAUAUAUAUAUAUCUAUAAACAACAACAAUAACAAUUGAUGAGGUGAUGAGGACCUUAUGGCGAAAAGUGCGCUCAUUUCUGCAAACUAAAGAAAAUGAUUAAAUGUAUACAAAAAAAAAAAAAA